AUGGAGCGCAUCGGUACAGACAGUAUUUCUACCGAUGAAGUCGCCCGAAUGAAGCGACAAUUACUGCAUGGUCCAAAGCCGUCAGAGCAGGGGUCCAUCAGAUCUCCGACCGCGUUUCGACGCGAUCUUUUGAAGCCUGAGGCAGCUCGAGCAGAGCAGUCCGAGUCUCUGCCCUCGACAGUCCCGGAAAGCCUCGAUGUCGCUCGCGUGCCUCAGCCGCUGGCAAGGAUGAGCGCGCCCGAGGUGGCGGCCGACGCCACGCAGGAGAUCUCGCAGGAGGGCAUCCACGCCAUCACUCGCAGUCGCAGUAAAGUUGAGACGCAAGCAACGUGGCAGGCAGGCGAUACUGGUGCAGUCGACUUCUCGAGUUGGAACCCCGCUGGUGAUUCGGAGCCGGUGGCGUAUUCACCCACGCAACGCACGCAACGACAUACGCAAUUUCCUGAGUCGCAGAGAUUUCUGCAGACCCCAGCUACGGCGGGACGGAAGAGACCACACGAUGGUUCGAGUGCGAGCGUGGCUAAGCGGCCACAGCUAAGGUCGAAGAGCCAGGACACACCGGUGGGCAUGGGAAUAUCGCAGGCAUUCGAGGCGACACAAGCGCAAACCUCGCCGCUCGAUCAGGUUGAGCCGCGGUCAGAUCGUCCUUCACCAGAAAUUAACGUCGAGCAUCGUCCUGUGGGAUCUUCGCCUCUGCAGAGGCUGCCUUCGUCGUCCGUCCGCCCGCGAUCUGCCGACCCCGCGCCAAGGUAUGUCUCGAUGAGGCAUUCUCAGGCAUUCCGAGCUCAGAAACAGCAGGAGGAGUUGGCGGCGGAGGACAGUGAUUCAGACUCGGGUGAGAGCUUUCUGAAUGGUUCGAAAAAGAAGCGGAGGCGAAGUGCUGGAAAUACACCGCCCGCGGCUGAUGUUGAGGGAUGGUUACGAUCGACACAAGCAAGUCCGAUUGCCUCGCCGCCGAUUCAGGCUGAGGAGGACCUUAUUGAGGACCGCGAUAGCGAAGCGGAGACCGAGCAAGAGGACGAUGAGGCUGUUGUGCAACGAUUCAGCCAGCGUAUGGCUCUCGAGCCCGAAGACAAGGAGAAUUACGUCGCCACGCUAGUCCCACAGACUACAAUGCGACCUGUGCGCCCGUUAGAUGAGGUUGCAGAAGUUGUGCAGGCAAGUCCUUCGCUGCGUCAGCAUCGCCCUCCUACCGCUCCGAACAGUAGCGGCUCGGUCGCGGUUGAAAACUCGCAGCCUUCACAACCCGUGCCGAUCAGCCAGCGGCCAGUCAAGUCAAGCUCGAUCAGUGUCCUGACUUUGUUCCGCAGUCUCAGACGGGCAGUGCCACCAGUCCCCUCGCCACCGGAUAGCCAGAAUGGGGAGGCUGAUGACAAGCAGGGCGAAGAAGACCGUCGGUCGCUCGAUGGCAAUCAAGUCGAAGAUCAGCCAGAAAUCGAGGAGGAAGCAGUCGAAGCUGUUAUAACGGAAGCCGAUCAACAUGCGUCGAAGCCAAGCACGAUAGCGGAGACUGACUCUGCUCGAAGAAAAGCACAGCUGUCGGAUACGAAUGCGUCGAAACAACCUGCAAGUACCACACCUUUUGAAACUGCUCCCACUGGUCUAGAGCCUCCUGCGACGGACACUCGAACACCCAGAACAAAACGGAAACGAAUCGAUGAGACCGAGGAGCUUACGACGCCAUCUCGGACUGGAAUGACUCAAUCCCAAGAAUUCAAUGCUGCAGAAGCAUUACUGGGCUCACAAAUGCAGAUACCCUCAGAUGACUCACCGCUUCGGCCACGGAAGCGCUACCGAGGCACUGGACCGAGUUUGGAAAUACCAGAGACUGUGUCAACAUCCGUCAAACCCAUGAUGCCAAGUUCAGAUUCGAAUGCUGACGAUGGCGACGAGCUGCUCAAGUCGCAGCCAGCCGUACAGCCUCGUCGGAUUGCGCCACAGACUCUGCAGCGAGAUGGAACGUGGGAUGUCCAGGUCACCCCAUCACCGCAAGCACCGGUCCGGCCAGUGAGUGUUCAGAAACCUGAGGUCGUUACCGAGAAGAGAUCGACGAGACCGAGGAAAUUGACGGAAAAGGCUAAGGCGAAUGCUGCACAAGUGGUCGCCCGAAAGAUGCAUGCGACUGGUAGAGAAGUGUCAGUCGAGCGUGAAGCAGCCCCUCCUACACCACAGCAAACACCAAAGUCGAGUUCAGUCGUACCGCAGCGAGAGCAAAGCGUGGAAAGCACCUCAACACCAGCCACCUACAGAACCGCUCCUGCCGGCGAGAUCGUGGCGCCAAACGCCGUCUUUGCCUGCUUCAACGGGAAGUCGCGGGCCUACUUUCCAGCUCGAUGUCUUGGCAAGAGCAAUGACGGACAGAAGUUCACGGUCCAGUGGCCAGAAUUUGACCCCGACGAUGUGGACAUCUACGGUGUGCGUCGCCUGGAGCUGCGGAUCGGUGAUCAGGUCAAGGUCAAUAUGGAAGGUGUCCAGAAGGUCACAUACGUAGUGCGCGGGCUCAAAGGCCAGGUCUCCGAUUCUGAUGUGAUGACCGACCAGUAUGGCUAUUCUAGCGUUGUCAUUGCGCCAAAGCAGCGGAAGAGCUUGCCCGCAGGCGUCUCGACCGACAGCGUCCGCGAAGUGCCCAUAGCCAACAUCUACCUCGACAGCAAUAUGUGGAACCAAAUGAAGGACCGAGACUUUCACUACACGACCACCGGAAUCACGACGCCCGCAGGAGAACUGUCCUCGACACCCACCUCGCCAGCCUCAAGACAGCGUCGGCAAAACCUCGCAGUCGACAUCCCCAUUGCUGCCACAGCGCCCAAAACGGAAGGCCUCCUCGCUGGCCUCGUCUUCGCGAUCUCCUACGAUGAUGAGGUCCGCAGAAAGGAGCUGAUACAGAUGCUAAAGACGAACGGGGCAGGUAUCGUCAAUGACUCCUUCUCCGAACUCUUUGAGCCGGACUCCACGACCUUGCGCGCGAGCUUCGCUGGCGCUGGCUUCACCGCACUCCUAGCGGACAAGCACUCCCGCAAGCCGAAAUAUUUACAAGCCCUCGCCCUCGGAUUUCCCUGUCUGAGCGGAAGAUGGAUUGAGGCGUGCCUUGCCCAGGGUAAGCUGCUCGACUGGCGGAAAUGGCUGCUACCGGCGGGCGAGUGUGAACAGCUCGAAGGCGCGGUUCGGUCGAGACUCUUGCCGCCGAUGGCUGUUGGUGAGGCUGAGCUGGAGGAUAUCCUGGCUCAGCGUGACCAGGUCCUGGCAGGCAAGAAAGUUAUGGUGAUUAUGGGCAAAGGCUCGAAGAUGCGAAACUACCUGUUCUUCAUGCACGCUAUGGGCGCUGUCAGUGUGGAGACAAUAGUUGAUGCCAAAGCGGCCAAGGAGUGCUUGGAUGGUGGGCAAGCUGCAGACAUCGUGUAUGUUGAGGAGGAGAAGCUAGAGGCGGCCGAGGUCGUCCUGAAAAGUAGUUCCGAGGCCACUGUUGUCAGUAGUGGGAACAGGCGUGGGAGAAAGAGCAAGGCUGCUGCAGCAGCGGUGGCCGCACCUUCGUGGAAGCUACUGGGCACUGAGAGUCUGGUGCAGAGUCUGGUGCUGGGAGAGUUGGUCAGUUGA